AUGGCGAACCAGCACGCACAUCCACUCAUAGCAUAUGAGCCGUUCAAGUUUUUAUUCCGUUUAGCAUACAUCGGAACUGUCGUCGUUCGCUUACCAUUUUGGAUUAUUGCAGCUUUAGUCCAGCCCCUUAAACCAUGUUCCGAUUGGACCCCAAAGCAGACUCUCAUGAUGCCGAUCGUAUAUGCGGUACUAGACGUAAGAUCUAAAGUCGGCGUCACCCAAACCCUUUCACUUAAAGGAAAGAAAGAAGGAGACCGAUUUCAAGUCAUUGCGCCGUCUGAAUCAGACUUUUACAGAGGCCCACUAGUAUCAGAUGUUAAGCCUACCACGAUAGGCGGCACAUGGUUUCCUCAAGCACCAGGUGGAGACUUGACUUCAAAACAUGUCAUUCUUUAUUUUCACGGCGGUGCUUUCGCUAUAGGGGAUGGUAGGACCGGAGAAUGUGGGUUUCUUGGGAAAACCUUAGUCGAACGAGGUGGCGUGGAUGCUGUCCUAUCUAUUCAAUAUCGCCUUGCCGGUUACUCCGGACUCAAUCCCUUUCCGGCCGCAAUCCAAGAUGGUUUAACAAGUUACCUAUUCGUCCUGAACGUCCUCAAGAUUCCAGCGCAUCAUAUUACCAUCGCUGGUGAUAGCGCCGGUGCUAAUCUCGCGAUAGCUCUGCUACGAUAUAUUGAAGAGUUCGGAGAAACUUUGAGUAUCCCGAUACCUAGAUGUCUAGCUGUGGUAUCACCAUGGGUAGCACCCCUCGACUAUGACAUUUCGCGACACCCAAGUCGAAGUUCGGACUAUCUCCCUACGUCUUUCCUGAGGUGGGGGGCACGUUCCUAUGUCGGACACUUGUCCAACGCUGCGUCACACCCCUAUGUUACACCAUUAGGAAACCCAUUCAAGACUAAAGUGCCUAUUUUUGUCAACACCGGUUCGGUAGAGAUCUUCUUCGAAGCCAACAAACGUUGGGCGAAUGAAAUGAGCGAUGUGGAAGGCAAUAUAAUUCAAUUACACAUUGAGAAGGCUGCCUGUCAUGAUACUCUUUACGUCGCCGAUAUUGUUGGGUUCGAGGAAAGUGCUGGGAAGGUUGCGGAAGAAAUAGGGGUUUUUAUUCGCAAAUCUUAA